CCCGAUGUUAUCAAAAUACUGCACUUGUGGUUUAGUAUUGUGUUUAGUAUUGUGUUUAGUAUUGUGUUUAGUAUUGUGUCUGAGAAUGAGGAACAUACUGUAGGGAAUAAUUAGAGGAAGUGAAGCGCGGUGCUGCUUCUCAAAAGGCCGACAAACUGAAGACAGACAGGGAAGCCAGACGGACUCAGAGAAGAUGCAGCUCGCUGUCUUUGUUGUGCUUUUCUUUUUAAAUACUCAUUUUGGAAGGGGACAGCAAAAAAUCAACCGUUCUGGACAACUGUUAUUCCAGUUAAUUUUCCAUCCCUUUUAUAACAAUUAUGAAAAGUCUUGUUGUAAAUUAAAUCACCAGCAAUGUCAAAUGGUUGUGAACAACAGAGGAUAUGUUGAUACAUCUUAUAAAGGAAGAGUAUCAACCCUAGAGUUCAAUGGAGGAUUUGAAAUAAGGAUUUGGAAUUUAUAUCCGUUAGAUACAGGAAUUUACAGGUGCAUGGUACACGGGACAUCAGCUUACAUUUACCAAGACUUUUCCGUUGAAGUGUCAGGUACACAGCAGAGUCCGUCUGAGUCUACAACUACCCACAGAACCAGCUCAGACACUUCUAUGACUAUUAUACAGCAUCAAGCAUCUACCAGCUCAAGAUCCCUGAAAAGCAUGUGGAUAACACUGACCAUUGUAAUGACUGUUUUAAUGCUGCUUGUCAUCUUAAUAACCUCUAUGGCUUAUCACAGGGCAAACAAUGAACGUGGAACUGAGGCAUGUGAUAAUCGCCCUCAUAUCCUCCAAGAAUCCACCAUCGAAGAUCUGAACACAAUUGUCUACACGACCGUUGACUUCAAGCCCCCUGAGGAUCAUUCCGUAAUCUACGUCAACUCACAGAUUCCUCCACCAUCAAAGGACAAUUAUGAGAGUGAUAAUUACUAUAUUUCCAGGGAAAUGGUGCAAUACUCCAACCUAGUUGUGCAGAUGUAAUAUAAUAAACUUUGACGUUCUCAUUCCAUAGUAUUUUAUUUUUUUAUUUGUGAUCUAGAAGCUGAUUAAGACCGAUUCCAGUUGUCUCCACUAAUGACUUCAGUAUUUGCAUGGAUAGUCACUUUCAGUCAAACCACACAGAACAAAGCUGUCAUUCUGCUAAUAGAAUUUUGGUUCCUGUCACACACCAUUUUGCCUGGAACGGACCUUAGGAGGGAGCAACGAUCACUCGGCUGGGGAGGUUUAAUUAUAAACAAUACAAGUGAAAACAGGAACUCAAUGGACCUUGAGGGGUCAAACAAGAGGUGAGGAGGAAUUAAACGGAGGCACAUAUAUACACAGAUCAUGAUUAACAAACCAGAGAGGUGAUUGACACAUUAAGCAGGGAACAAUUAUGUGAUUACAAGAUGGCCAGCGACCUCUGCUGGCAAAACCAGGACAUGACAGGUUGACAAGAUGGGUCCUGACACCUUUCUCCAUUCACUCCACAGUUUUUAGUUGCAGGCAUUAAUGCUCAAAAACCAUCUAUUAAUAUUUCUUUAUAAUUUGCUUUAAUCCAAAGUUCUCUAUUGCAUUGGAUUUUGUCUUCAAACAAACAACUGAGCAUGUGCAAUUAGCUGGCAAAUAAUCAUUUUUUAUGAAGGAUUUAAGAAAAAUGCAAAUUUGUAUAUCCUGGCAGAAGAUGAACAAUAUAAUGUCAUCUUUAUUUAAUCAUUAGCCAUCGAUUGUUUGUGUUUUUGUUUGUAUGAACUCCACUUGGAGAUUACAUGCUUUUAGUACACAUAUUAUGUCUUAUCUUUAAAGAUACUUGCAUAUUUUUAAACUAAACAUUUGAUUGCAUUGCAUUUUGUAAUGAGUAGGACAUGGGCAGCCUUCAGGCAUUUUAAAUGGUAACUCACAGCUUAAUGAAAUGGUGUUUUAAUUUCUGUGUUUGGCUUUACACAUUUAAUAUUAAUACUGCAUAUAUUUGUAAUUUUGUAUUUUGUGAAGAUCUCUACAUGAAAAAUGAAAUUGAUUAUUAGUGCAUUUUAUGGAACUGGACAUAUUGUUUUUGUAUAUUUUGUUUAGAUUUGAUGGUUUUUAAUGAAAAAUA